AUGGCCAAAACUUCUUUUAAUGUUCUUUGGUUGCUUUGGACAAGUUUUUGCUUCAUGACUUCUUCUUUGGUUUUUCUUCUAACUUACCACCACUCUCUAAAUUUGAACAAAACGGUAAAAUUUGCAUUUUUAGUUACUUUAACCCCCUUUUAAAUUGGAACAAUUUUGUUUUUCAAUAGGAAAACUUAACAAUGAAAAUCCUAAUUUUAUGAAAUUAGUUUUGAUAUUAUUUAAUAUGCAAAAUGAAAGUAGAAUGAUAUUUAAAAGUUUUCACACUGAAUUUUAAUUCUUUAUAAAAAUUAUAAUCCGUUGGCAAAAUUUCUUAUGGACAUUAUACGCGCCAUUUUCAUAUGAAAUUUCAAAUUAAGAAUUUGCCGCACUAAAAUCUGCGUUUUGAAACGCAUAUUCGGUUUUUACAUACCAAAGUCAAAAUGACAUGCAUAUGCAUGAUCAGAAAUUUAGGCAAUAGAUAAUAAAUUAAAUUCUAAACAUUGUGCUGAUAAACUAAUUAAAAUUCAAAUUUAAAAAAUUUUUUUAAAAGAAAAAACCAACUAAUUAACUUUGAUCUAAUUUAAUGGAAAAAGAGCAAGUACACAGAAUCGACUAUUUUUUUUAAUUAUUUCUUCUAAGUCUUUUUCGAAGUCUUCUUCAGUCUUUUUUUUCUUUCUCGGCUUCCCGUUUUCUUCUGCUUCUAAUUGGUUUAGGUCCAUUUCUCCUAUAACCUCAAUCAGCUCAUCUGGUAUCAGCUUGUACGACGUGCUUUUUAUUAAUUGGUGGAUUUCUUUUAUAGCUUUAAACCUAAAUUCCAGCUCUUUCGACUGCAAAAUUUCCUUUAUCGCAGGGAUCACAAUCUCUGGCUGCUUUGUAGCAGAGCUUAAAACGAUUUUUAACAGCCUUUCUCUGUAA